AAAUAUUCACAAGUCUUCCCUACAAACAUUACACUUUUUGAGUACUAUUCUUUAAAAAAAAAAAAAAAACACUAAUAGAGUGAAUUGAUUAUAAUUGUUGUUAUUAUGCAUAUGUCCGAUGCCGGAUGCCGGUCAAAGAAUGGUAAAUCGAAAAGCCGAAACAAGGUGAAGCGCAGAAAACCAAAGUUCCUGAGCCUAAGUGUGGAGCUAUCAGAGAAAAAACCCCAGAAGUCAGAUGAUAGGAUGGUUUCAUCAUCCAACGGUAGCACACAUGAUCAUCAACAGCUCAAUCUGUUCCCACUGCACCCAGAAAAUUUAUUAGAUGAUAAAGACAGUACUAGUACUGCCCAAGAUGACAACGUAGCUCUCUUCUUUGCUGGCGCUGAAAACAGCGCCACUACACUCAACGAAGUUCUUGUUUCUUCAAAGGAUGAAAUUGACAGCAACAUAAGUACUAGCGUUCCCAAUUACAUGGCAGUUUCGUCAUCGGAGGCCAGCCUCACAUUUGCCGACACUUACAGGGGACAAGAAGGUGAGCUUGUACGGACGGCUCUGAGGAACAAAGAGAGGGAAAACAGGGAAGAAGAGAAAUGGGUUGUUUACUCAGACGUUGUUGAUUUGGAUCAACAUAGUGAGAGUACGAGGAAGGAUGAAGAAGUAAGUAGUUGUCCGUGGAACAAACGGCAACAACAAUUGUCACUAAAGCUUGAUUAUGACGAAAUAUUGAAUGCUUGGUCCGAUAAAGGUCCACUUUACCUUCAGUCCCAGUCCCCCCAGAUUGUUCCAGACAUCCAUGACGAUUUCCUCGCCUUCGACAUGCCUUUUUCGAUAAAUGGGCAACUGAUGAGUAGCAGUUCAGUUGUGCAUAGAGUGCCAGAAGUAAUUGGAAAUGAACAAAGAGAAGUAGAGGAUGAGGAGAUGAAGGCGGGACGAAGAGAGGCGAGUGUAAUGAGGUACAAAGAGAAGAGACAGAACAGACUCUUUUCUAAAACUAUCCGAUAUCAAGUUCGCAAGCUCAACGCUGAAAAACGCCCUCGCGUUAAGGGGAGAUUUGUUAAGAGGGAUUGAAGUGCCUCAGUUGGAGAAGUAAACCAGUAUGUGUAUUGUAGUCUUGAUAUAUAAACUGUUACAAAGGAGAAGGAGCUCUUGUCAGUCAAUGAAAUAUAUAUGUAAGAGUUCAAUUUGUUUCAGAUAAAAUAUUGUUAGCUUUCAAAUAGCAAAAAGUCCUUGAUUGUUUUGUCAUUUAACACUGAAAUUAAUGGAUGCAGGGCCUCCUUUUAUUGCACUUUA